AUGGCCACAGCUGAGCUUACCGACUUUAUCAAGAUACCCUUUGACUUUCUCAUUGUCGGCGGUGGAACUGCCGGUCUCGUCCUCGCAGCUCGUCUUUCUGAGGAACAAGGCAUCCAAGUCGGGGUGAUCGAAGCUGGCUCCCUUAGGCUGGGGGAUCCCAAGGUCGACCUUCCCACAGGAUCGGGUCAGCUGAUGAGUAAUCCUGACUAUGACUGGAACUUUGAGAGCAUCCCACAGGCUGGCACCAAUGACAAAUCCUAUCAUAUUCCUCGAGGCAAAAUGCUAGGUGGCUCGAGCGGCAUCAACUUCAUGUCUUAUAACCGGCCAUCUGCUGAAGACAUUGAUGAUUGGGCCAACAAGCUGGGUGUCACAGGGUGGACAUGGUCUGAAUUGCUACCGUACUUCAAAAGAAGUGAAUGCUUGGAGCCCGUCAAGCCCAGUACAAAUUUUCCAGUGGACCCGAAGGUUCAUGGCACCGACGGGCCAAUACACACUUCAAUAGGUCCCUGGCAACCACCCAUAGAAGAAUCAAUUUUGGCUGCGUUUGAUGAAACCUCUCACCUUCAGCGGCCAUUUGAGCCCUACGAUAGUGCUCAUUUGGGCUUCUACAGGUCCUUGUUUACAGUGGACAGAACCAGCAAACCAGUUCGGAGCUAUGCGGCCAGUGGUUAUCUCGCUCCCAUUAUGGGUCGCCAAAAUCUAAGAAUUUUAGCAAACGCACAGGUGUCCCGCAUCCUACUCUCCGAUGCUCCAGACGAAACACCUACCGCGGAAGGAAUUGAAUUACAGUACUUGGGGGCUCGCUACACCGUGUCAGCUAAAAAAGAAGUGAUACUCAGCGCAGGGUCGCUCCAGAGUCCCCAACUCCUGGAGCUUUCUGGGAUUGGAGACCCUAGUGUCCUAAAAAGCGCUGGGAUUGCUUGUAGAGUGGCCAUCAGCGACGUGGGCAAUAAUCUACAAGAACACACGAUGUCUGCUGUAUCUUAUGAGCUCGCGGAUGGAAUUAUAUCGGUGGACUCCUUAUUCAAAGAUCCUGCCUUGCUACAAGAGCAUCAAAAGCUCUACGCCGAAAAUCAUUCCGGAGCCUUGUCUGGAUCGGUCAGUCUAAUGGGCUUUACUCCAUAUUCAUUACACUCUACCAAGACCCAGGUCAACGACACCGUGGCGAGUAUCUUCGACGCUCCCAGUCUGAGCGGCGAACGGUUUCAGCAAAACGCAAAUUUCCAACGCAAGCAACAGGAGGCUAUCGCCGAUCGGUUGCGAGAUUCACAGUCCGCUGAUAUCCAGUUCAUUGGCACCCCCGCGUACUUCAACACCACGGCCGGCUACAAAAACUGCACCAAGAUCAUGUCGGGCUCUCCUGCCGGCUACAAUGCAUGCUACUCCAUCGUUGUCAGCAACAUGUAUCCUUUGUCUCGCGGAAGUGUGCACGCUUGGAGCUCGAAUGCAAUGGAGGCACCGGAAAUUGAUCCGGGAUUUCUUCGCCAUCCCGUGGACGUUGACGUUCUUGCCACUGGCAUUGUCUUCGCAGAUCGAGUGUUCCAGUCGUCCUCCCUAAUGGGCAAAAUUGGUCGACGAUUGAGCCCCCCUGCUGACCUCAAUCUGUCGAAUAUGGAGGAAGCUCGCCAGUUUGUCCGUAACCACAUCGUGUCCUAUCAUCAUGCUUUAGGAACUUGUGCGAUGGGACAGGUGGUGGAUGAGAAGCUCCAGGUAAAGGGGGUUCGGGCCCUUCGUGUCGUUGAUGCCAGUGUCAUGCCGAUGCAAGUCAGCGCCGCGAUUAUGGCUACUGUGUAUGCCGUUGCAGAAAAAGCGUCGGAUAUUAUCAAGGAGGACUAUGGGUUGGGCACUCGGUCAGGUGCUCACACAUGA